AUGUCAGACUACAAUUGGGGAUCCUCGCGUCGACGUUACGAAUGGAAGGACAGCUACGAGAUUGGCACCGCCCCACGCGACUUGGAGCUUGAAAAGGAUCUCUUUGGUGAAGACAACCAUGUCCAUUCAGGCAUCAACUUUAGCAAGUACGAUUCUAUCAAGGUCACUGUGUCUGGCGACAAUCCUCCACCUGGAUUCGACAAAUUUGAGAAUGCCGAUUUGCACCCUGUUAUGAAGGAGAACGUUGCCCUAUGUCGCUAUAGCAUUCCAACCCCUGUGCAACGACACUCUAUUUCAGUUGUUACUGCUGGACGUGAUCUCAUGGCAUGUGCACAGACUGGUUCCGGCAAGACUGCUGCAUUUUUGGUACCCACUUGUUCACGUCUCUUUGCCAACGCACGAAGCAUGAUCACGAGAAUGCAACCUGGCAGCUAUGGCCACUUCAAAGCCCGUCCCUUGGUGUUGAUCUUGGCACCUACACGCGAGUUGUGUACACAAAUUUUCGAUGAAUCACGUCGUUUUUGUUAUCGGAGUCCUCUUAGACCUUGUGCUGUGUACGGUGGUGCUGGUGUCACUGGUCAAUUGCGUGAAAUCGAAAAGGGAUGCGACGUUUUGAUUGCAGCUCCAGGUCGUCUAUGCGAUUUCAUUCAGCGGGGAAAGCUUGAUUUGAGCAAUGUGCAAUAUUUGAUUCUUGAUGAAGCUGAUCGUAUGUUGGAUAUGGGUUUCGAGCCUGUUAUUCGUGACAUUGUGGAACGAAGAGGCAUGAACCGCAACAGACAAACUCUCAUGUACAGCGCUACUUUCCCCAAGGAGAUUCGUCGCUUGGCUCGUGAUUUCUUGAAACCGGAUUACUUAUUCUUGCGCGUUGGUCGUGUUGGUGGUACUACAACUGAUAUCACUCAGCGGGUGAUUGAGGUGGAUCCUAGGGACAAGCGUGAUCAACUCGUCAAGAUCCUUAUGUCUCAACCCCCAUGCCGUACUCUCAUCUUUACAGAGACCAAGCGUGAUGCUGACACAUUGGAUCAAUUCCUUUUCGACAAGAAUUUCCCUUGCACAUCCAUACACGGUGAUCGUUCACAAAUGGAACGUGAAGAUGCUUUGCAAGCAUUCAAGUCGGGUGUGUGUCCUAUUUUGGUGGCUACUGCUGUGGUUGCUCGUGGUAUCGAUGUUCGGAAUGUGAUGCAUGUUGUCAACUAUGAUCUUCCCAAGGUCAUUGACGAAUACAUUCACCGAAUUGGUCGUACGGCUCGUGUUGGCAAUGCUGGUCUUGCAACAUCCUUCUUUACAUACAAUGACAUGGGCAUCGCCAAGGAUCUUACAAAGGUACUUCAAGAAUGCAAACAAGAGAUCCCCGAGGUGCUUCGACCCUACAUGAGCAGAAACUUACAAUUUGAUGAUGACGAUGAUGAUGAUGAAUACCAUCGACAACGACAAGUUCGAGCUGGUGUCACGCAACAACAACGACAAGCACCUCCACCCUCUAUGCAGCAACAACAACGACCUCCUCUAAAUAAUCAGCCUAUUCCACCACCAAAUCAAGGAUGGACUGGGAAUCCUGCACCUGCAGCAGCUCCUCAAUGGCAGCAGCAACCUCCACCUCAACAACAGCAACCACCAUCUGCUCCUCAGUGGCAACAACAACCACCUCAACAACAGCAACAACCACCUGCAUUUCAACAACAACCUGGCUGGGAGCAACCAGCUGCUAAUCAAUGGCAACAGCAUCAACAACCAAGUGGUGGCGGUGGAUGGAACCCUGCACAAGAGCCUACGACUGGAGGUGGAUGGAACCCCAAUCAAACUUGGUAA